AUGGCGGACUCAGAUCAGCUACCCUCUGAUUUAAGGUACGAUGUGUUCAAGAGUAGGAGGAAUGAAACCUGCACUCAGAGGAAUAGUACUCCGGAGUGUGAUGAACAAUUAAUAGGGAGAGUGUGGAAGGCUUUAAGGAAGUUCCAAAUUAAUGACAAUGAUAAGAAGUUGGCCAAGGAUAUAGUGAGCAACGGCUAUUAUGCAUGUAGCACGCCAAAAGGAGGAGGCAUCCCUGAAUAUUCUGACCUUUGUCAUUGGUUUUAUUAUUGGUUAGGUGACCAAAUGAAGGUGAAGCUAAGUGGGAAUACUUUAAGUUACACACCUAACGUAGUCAUGCGGGACAUUUAUCAGGAACUGGGGGGUGUAUCAUGUAGUGAGGCAUGCACCAAUUUGUAUGAUGAUAUUAGUAGCUGGGAUACUGUAGAAUGGGCUAAAGAUUUGUUCGACUAUGUCUAUGACAUCAAUUUCUGGAGUGGGGAUCAGAGCUGUAGAAAUAUUCUCUCUAGUGGGAAAUAUGCGAUACAGUUCAGUGGAGCUAAAACAGCAUAUGACUUACUGUGUGAAAUUUGUGUGGAGGAUGAUAGUAAGAAUGAUAAGUAUUGUAAAAAAUUUAAAAGUAAAUACUGGGAUAGUAGUAUUAAGAAGUUUAAGACGUGGCCACCAGAUAAUCUUCCAAAAUUAACAUGCACCGAAGGUGCUUCCCUGAAUCCAGGGACCCUAGAGCGGGGUCAUCUGGCAAUAUUACCGGGAAUGGGAAAGGGAGAUUCACUUCCACUACCCUCCGAAUUAGUAUACACUGUGUUUGAUGCAGAUGGGGAUUGUCCACUGAAGGCUAGUAAUCCAAGGUGUGAUGCAGCACUAAUAGGGAAUAUAGGGAGAAAAUUAGGAACGUUAGGAAUUGAGCCUAAGGGAAACCUUGCCACGGUAAUUGUGAGGAACCACUAUCAUGCAUGCACGCAAGCGAAGACCGUCACAGCAGAUUACUAUAACUAUUGUCACUUCCUUUAUUACUGGCUUGGGGAUAAAAUAAAGAACAAUUUUAAUGGCCGCGGACUCCAUGAAGCCAUGCAAACAGUUUAUGGUAAUCUGGCGAGCGCAGGUAAAUGCAAUAAUAAUUGCACCAAUUUAUAUCCUGAUAUGAGUAAGAGCAAUUUCGACGAACGGAAAACAAUAUUCGAUUAUGCUUAUAAUUAUACUACUUCACGAAAGGACGGAGAGGGUAAGAAAUAUACAUGUAGUUUAGACUGUGACCAGUAUUUGCAGGAAGUUAAGGAGGCAUAUUUGAAGGUAAAGGAUAGUUGUAAUGGACAUAAUACUAGUAAUGGAAGGUGGUGUAAAGAAUUUACGCAGGAAUAUAGGAAUUACUUCGAUGGGGAUCAACCGAUAUUGACUUGCAAGACGGAGUGCGAACCGGAACCACCAACGAUGAAGGAUUUGGGAAUAUUACUUUCAGGUGGUGCGUAUGAUGAGUUCAAUGAUAAUUGGAGAACAUACAACGGCGUAGGGUCUACGGCUGCAUUGAAGAGCAGUUUGCGCAAUUUAUUGGGGAGAUAUUUGGAGACUUCUGAUUGCACAGAUAAGGUUGCAAGUGCGUGGUAUUAUAUGACAGAUGUAAUGGAUAAAACGCAUAACCGGUACUAUAAAGAUCGUUGUGAAUAUUUUUAUUACUGGUUAGGGGAUCUUGUAUCAUCGAAAUUAAAAAUAAACGGGGGAACCACUUCCUUCUCGAAGGCGAUGAAUGAACUUUACGCAGCUUUGCAGAAGUUACCCGGUAGUAAGGGUGCGUGCCCCGCUAUUAACACUAGCGAUAAUGUCGACAGUGCCCUCUUCAAUAGUAGAAAAAAAAUAUUCGACUUCCACCGUCACUAUGAAAAUAUUAAGGAAAUGCUAGGCAGAAGUGGAAAUCAGUGUAAUAAUACAUUUGGCACUUACGUGGAUCACACGAAAUCAGCAUAUACAGCUGUAGAGGGGGACAGCGGAGGGAGCUCUAAUGAAUACUGGAACGAAUUCUGGAAAAGGCAUAAGGGAGAUAUUAUUGGGGAAAUAACCAAUUUAACGUGCCAACCUGCCUCUCCCAAGAAACCUUCUGCUGGAGACGACUUUGAUCUUGGCGAUGCCGUCGUCGAUGGGGGUAAUGUUGAAUUGCCUAAGGCGGAUAUAGACGUAUCAGGUCCGAAGGUCGAUAUAGACGUUCCUGAUGUUAAUAUAGAAGGUCCGGAAGGUAAAUUAAAAGGUCCAAAGGUGAAAGGGGACGUGGAUGUAUCAUUACCUAAAGUGGAAGAAGCUGCUGACGGAAACAGUGGUAGUAUUGUUGGUUCUGUGUCUGGUGGAUUAGCAACAGUUGGAUUACCAGCAGUUGGUUUCUUUUUAUACAAAUAUACUGAUGUAUUUGAUGGAAUAAAAAAAUUCCUCUUUGGUGGACUCAGUAAUAAUACAGGAGGAAGGAAUAGGGGAAGAGGAAGAAGAUCUACCCUUCGAAGUGAUUUAAACACAACAUACUCAGACCACGACUACGAUGGCAUUUCUACCAUCGGUGGAUCAGAUUCCAUGUCAGAAUCCAUAACGGAUACAUCGAACUAUUCUCUUCCAUAUACCACUUCUUCUUAUAGAUGA